AUUUGGAGUUAUGAAGAGUGCAACUACCAGCGAGUGACUGAUAACUGAGAAUGCACACCUAGAGAGAAAGGUUUCAUUGUUUAGGUCUUUCUCUUGUGUGGCUACAUUGAUAUUAGAAGGAAUCGAGCAAAAGGCAGAAGCUUUGCAUUGCUGUCUUGUUAUGCUUUGCUCAUUAGGCAACAUUUCUUAGUAAGUAAUGUGCCAAAGUGAGGGGGGACAGGGAGUGGCUGAGAGAACCUGUAGUAAUCUGAAGCAGUGAGAGACGAGACAGGAAAAUCAUAUUGACAUCAGCACUGAAGACAGGUGCUUGGCGAAGUUGCUUUUACUUGGAUCUAAAUCUGGAUCAGAUACGCAGGAUAUCUCAAAGAAGUUGUUGAAGAAACAAAUAGAAGUACUGGUAAGUAAGACCGGGUUUCUAUUGUUGCCUUCACCUGCUGCUCUCAAAGCCCUAUAUAUUGGGACUCAUGGCAAGCUACAUGUACUACCUGCUCCCAGCUGUGGGGGGCUACGCUCUCACUUCACUGUACUUCCUGAAGAACCCUCAGAUUCUGCACAAGAAGAAGCAGACGGCCUUCUACUGCACCCACAUCUCUCACAGGGGAGGCAGUGGUGAAAGGAUUGAGAACACUAUGGGGGCCUUUACACAUGCUGCUGAAGUGGGGACAGAGAUGCUGGAGUUGGACUGUCACUUAACUAAAGAUCGUCAUGUGGUUGUGUCACAUGAUGAGAACCUCCUGCGGCAGACUGGCCAUGAUGUCAACAUUUCCUCCUUAAACCUGGAGGAGUUGCCACCUUAUAAAGAAACACUCGAGGUGACCUUUAAGGCAGGCCACUUCAGCACUGGGUCAGAUAGAAACAUUGCAUUAUUAGAGGAUGUUUUCCACAAAUUUCCGCACAUAGCUGUAAACAUUGAAGUCAAAGAGAAUAACAGCGUGCUGAUUGAGAAGAUUUCUGAACUUGUGAAGAAAUACAACAGAGAAGCCACCUCAGUUUGGGCCUCUACUGAAUCCACCAUCAUGGAAAAUUGUCGCAAAACAAACUCCUCCAUGCCCUACAUGUUCACUGUAAAGCGGGCUUUAAAGAUGCUCCUGCUCUACUACACCGGUCUCCUGCCAUUUGUUCCCCUCGGGGAGAGUUUCUUGCAGUUCUACUUGCCACAAAUCAUAAACAGAGGAUAUAUUCCUGAAACGUGGAUUCUGAGAAGCAGACUGGUCAUCUUCUUAAUAGAGAGACUAACACUGAGAAAAGGGAUGUUCAAGCACCUCAGGGAUAGGGGUAUUCAGAUUCAUCUCUUUGUGUGUAAUGAGGAACAGGAUAUUAAGGCUGCGUUUGCUGCGGGAGCAACAGGAGUCAUGACUGAUUACCCCACCCUGUUAUCCAACUAUAUUAGAAGGCACAAACAAGACACGUGAUCAAACACAAAUACACAAUGUACUUCACUCAUCUACUCAAACCGAAGACUAUAGAAUACCCUUAUUAUACAUACUAACUUAUAUACUAUGCCUUAAAGGGACUUACUUUAGUCAAACAUGCACAGGCUCUACAAAUGCUGUUAGCCUUUAAACAUACAGCAAAGUUUUUAUCAAUGCCAUUAUUAGCUCAUCAGAACUGGCAUAUUGUUUACAUGAAACUUGGUUUAUGGCAUUCUUCAUGGGGCAUUUCAUGAAUAUUAACACAAAUAAAAAAAUAAAUGAAACUCAUGUA